AUGCGAUACCUUCUCGAAUCGAGCCUUAGCCGCUUGCUACUCUUGUGCGUCUUUUCAGCUUCCACAAUAUCCCAUGGUGUCGCCAGUCAAAGCUCAGGUUAUACCAACGGCGAUGGCGCAGCACCAACAGCAACCAUCGAUAUUGGUGUAGUCAUCGGAAAGACCACCACACUGCCCACGGCAACAGGAUCUGUAAAUCAGUUCCUUGGUAUCCCAUUUGCACAAUCCCCACCCGAAAGAUUCUCCCCACCGCAGAGUCCCCCUCGUGCUGCCGCGCCCAUCAAUGCUACGACAUGGAAACCAGCUUGCAUUCAGGAGUUCCGCUAUCCAUUGGCAAGCGCGAACAUGGUAAAACACAUCUUCGAUAAUCCGUCGCCACUAGAAUCGGAGGACUGCAUGUAUCUCAAUGUCUAUGCUCCGUCCACACCGGCGGGUGGCGCUGGUAGGCCGGUCUUGUUCUGGUUAUUCGGUGGCUCGUUUCAGUUUGGGAGUGCGGGUAAGUGGAUCUAUCUCAGCCUUCCGAUAGUGAGUUAA